AAAGAAAUUGCCCGAAGUCUGCUGCUGCUGCGGCGGAUUCAAGGACAGUGGGGCUGGGCAGGGUGGGCUUGGCUCGGUUACGCUGUGGAUGCUGAAGAGGGAGAAGAAAACAUUUGUUACCGUAAUGGGCAUCCCGCUGAAAUACAGUUGGCACACAUUUAUGGAAGCAUGCUUUACUAAUUCGAACGCAUCUUGUACUGACAGUCUAACGAGGCUAAUAAGCGUCCGCUAUUUUGCAGCGUUUCUUGCGUAGACAAAUUGUUGCGUUUUUCCCAGUUAGGCUACGUCGGCCUUUGACAAUCUUUAUUUUUAAAGGGGAAGCUAAGCAUCACUUCGAUCAUCUUUGAUCAUCUGUGAUUCUGCAGGAAAGUACCAUGCUGACCAGCAUUACUGACGGGAUACUGUGCUGCCUGACAGGGAAAACUGCCAAUCUGGUCUUGCCUCUUGAGUCAUCAGAACCUUCAGAUGGUUUUGAAUUUGUGGAGGUGAAGCCUGGGAGGGUUCUGCGUGUGCGGCACAUUAUCCCUGAACGUCAGCCCAUUGACUCAAAAAAUAAAGAUGCGGGGGAGGAGAGGACAGAUGACAACUGCAAUGAUAACGACAAUGCCCCCCCUGAAGACUCUAACAGUACUAGUGUCCACUGUAAGAGGAAGAUCACAGUUUAUCGCAAUGGUCAGCUGGUGAUUGAAAAUCUCGGGGAUGUCUUGCACUCUGAGAUCCUGCAGUGUCAGGAUGGAGACGUAGAGCCCUGCAGCACAGUGGAGGUGGAGCUGGCUGACUUUAAAGAAAUAGCCUCUUCCCCAGACCCCAACCCUGCUCCUCCUCCCGGUCCUUUACCUUCCGGAGAAGUGAAGCCAUCCCCGCCUCCUCGCCGUCGCCGUCGGAAGCCCAAGCGCACAGUACUAAUCGAUUCAAAGCGGGUUAUCUCAAGCUGCAAAGGGACACAUUCGGAUGUAGCUUUGUUCUUUGUGCAUGGCGUGGGAGGCUCUCUGGACAUUUGGAGCAGCCAGCUGGACUUCUUCUCUCGACUUGGCUAUGAGGUCAUAGCACCAGACCUGGCAGGACACGGAGCAAGCAAUGCUCCACAGAUUGCAGCUGCCUAUACCUUUUAUGCUCUGGCAGAAGACCUAAGGGCCAUCUUUAAGAGAUAUGCCCGGAAACGCAACAUUCUCAUAGGCCACUCAUAUGGAGCUGGAUUUGCUCGCCAAGGUGCCAAAGAGAAGCAGUUGCUGAAGCAGGGCAAUGCUUUCAAUGUGUCUCCUUUUGUCCUACGAGCCAUGAUGAGUGGUCAGUACUGGCCUGAGGGGGAUGAAGUCUACCAUGCAGAGCUUACUGCGCCCAUUCUGUUAGUUCAUGGCAUGUGUGACAAGUUUGUACCAAUGGAUGAGGAUCAGCGUAUGGCAGAGAUCCUUCUGUUUGCAUUUCUAAAAGUCAUCGAUGAGGGAAGUCACAUGGUCAUGAUGGAAUGCCCUGACACUGUAAACACCCUCCUCCACGAGUUCUUUCUAUGGGAGCCUGACAUGUCCAGAAAAGACAGCUGCCAGACAGAUGUGGAGAAAACUGUUUCUGUUUGUGACAGAAGCAACACACUUAAAAUCAGUAAGUCUGUGGACAAAUAACAUUUGAAGAGACUAUUUGUAUCACAGAAGCAGGCAAAUAGCCUUUUUGGCAGUUGGGAAAUGCUUUUAUGGCUCCCCGGCAGAGGGAUUAUGCCCAGGGCCACAUGUUAAGGAUGUGGAUCACCACUGGUGCUCCAAGAUAAAGCAAGUAAGAAAAUUUGUUCUGAGGAAUGGAUGCAAACCCACAGUUUCCUCUUCCCUUUGAAAAGGAAGUUUGCAAAAUGACUCUGGACUUGGCACUCAUUUCAUCUGUGAAAUGUUUGUGAUGAAAAAUGGACUGGCGAAGAUGCAAAAGACAUAAGCUACUUCAAAAGAUGUUGGUGUUUCCCUCACCCUUCCUUUGAACUUGGUUGAAUAUAUCUUCAAUUUAUUUUCAACGAGGAAGGAAUAAUAAACGCGAAAAUGUGGGAUCUUGAUUUCCAGAGACUGAUGGUGAAGAACAGCUUAAAACAAGAUGAAAGACUUGACAAUAUUGAUUUAUUGUGAAAUUCUGGCAGGCAAUGCAAAAUUGGUGGAAUACAUUCAAUUACAAAUAAUAUGACUACACAUAUAAUAUACCAAUGUAUUCCAAAUCUAAAGUAUGAAUGUGUCAGAUGCUCAUAUGACUUAUAUUACAAUUCAAUGGAAAACAGUCCAGCCAAUUAAUCACAUUCUUAUAUGUGCUGUGUGCGCCAUCUCAAACAUGACUGCUCACAAUUAUGGUUGAAUUACGCAAACAGUAGUAUAAUUCUUAGUCACUAAAAAGUCAAGUGUCAGUGGUAAGCACAUUACCAGCAUUUCCACCUUGUAUUCCUGCAUGAAAAUGAAUAAUGAUUAAAACAUAUAUGACAUCUGGUUGUAAACAAAUACAAUACCAAGAAGCUUUCCUCGGACAUUUCCUCAGAUAUAUAUUAUCCUAAGGAUACAAUAAGUAAUGAGUCCCUGAAUUAAUUCAGAAUAUUACAGAUAUGAGCUUAUGGCAGUUGCAGUUGCAGUGCAGUAUACUGUUAUGUAAAAUAGAUUCCCAAUACACCUACUUUAAUAAGGAUGUUCCUCUCAUUGUAUAUUAAUGUGUUCAUUUCAUCCUGCAAUACAGGAACGAUUCCCAGGACAAAUUGUGGUUGUCUCAACUGCUUUACGGUGCUGUGUUUUUAAGCUGAAUUUCUUUCCUCUUAUUCGUUGGUACACCCUAUUUUUCGAUUUUUGUGUUAAACUGAAAGAAUUUUGGUCAGUGGAAGAUAUUCAUUCAUGAAUGCUGUUUUGUCUCACAGUGGGACAGUGUGGUGCAAGAAAAAGCGCGGUCUAAUAUAAUACCUGACGGUGUUACCUGUUGAAAGACAUAAAUAAGUGGAUAAGAAACAGAUUGUUAAAGUGAAAUUUGAGUCCUAUAAAGGUGAUAGAGAUUUGAUGGUGGUCUACUAAAUAUGCAUUUUGGGAGAAUGUGGAUGCAAAGUGACUCAUUUUAUGCAACUUUGAUGAAACCGAAAGGACAUAAACAGACUUUGUAUUGAUGACUGUGAAAACAUAUAUUCCCUAUGGACUUUUCAAAAACCAACAAGUGCUGCUGAUGUCUCCUUUGGUGUUAAAGGUGAGUAAAACUAUGGACUACAGGGUGCACAGACUUACUAUUAGGCUCCAAGUGUGCAGCUUCAAAAAGUCAUGUGUGCUGAAUCUAUUUGUUGUUAACAAAUUGUGUUCAUGUUAUUGUUACUUUUAUUAUUGGCAAUCACAAUAUAUGCAUUGCGUUAAUGUUUAUGCAUAUAACAUUACAUAGCCUAUAACAAUUUGACUCAUUAUAGGAUUGUGCCUUUCCUGGCAAGAAAUAAAAAUGUUCCCCAUUGAGUGUUUCUAUCAUCUUUUUUUACUUGUAGUAAUAUAAUUCAUGAUAUUAUUGUGCUUUACAAGCUUGCUUAUUAAACAUCAUGCAAGGACUACAUCAAUAGACUUGUACAAAAAACUGUAAUUUCAUACAGUCACAUAAAAAACAAAAAAACAACUAAGGAUUGUUUAACGAAGGAUUUCUGUUACAUAAUCAUACAAUAAUCUUAUAAUUUAUUAUAUAAUUUAACACCAAGCAAUCUAAAAAUCUCUUUUAGAAAUUAAGAAAUUGAGAAUAUCCAACAGAUCUUCACAAAGCAAAAAUUUGAGAAUUGAAAACCAAUGUAUCUGAAAGUCUAAGAACGAAUGAAGCAGCACAUUAGAGAACUUUGGUCAGUAGACACAUUGAGCAGUUUGCUCCUUUGUGUAAUGAAGGUGAUUAAGACAGCUAUGUGAGAUAAAUAAGUAAAAAAGACACUUUAAUAUUUAACAAAAAGUAAAACCAUUACAGUUUAUGUAAGGUGUACAUGGCAGAAGACACCUUAGCUGUGUACUACAGCUGUGACUGAGAUAAAACAACAAAGAAAGGAACAAAGAACUCACUAACUUUCUGUUUUUCUUCCUUGGAUGUGGACUACAGAUCAUAGGAAAAAUAAUUUGAAACAGCGUGUGCUAUGUAUUAUGUAUAUUUAUUUAAUGGAUUUUUAAUUUCUUUGAUUUAUGGCACAUUUCCUUUACAUUGACCUACUUCCAGAGAUUAGUUUUGGUCUUUGGAUUAGUAUUUGCUAAAUAGUUUAAUCUAUGCAUUAAUUUUACAAAUCGUGAAAAACAUCAUUAUUCAAUAUUUUUGUCCUUUUUGUUCCCUCUUCAUCAUUUUCAUCUCAGUUUCUAGUAACCAUCCCUAUCAGUGAUUUUUCUUGUCCCUUGGCAUACAUUCUCCCAAGGUUCCAUUGCCAGAAUUUUUUCUUUGUCCCUUGCUUUUAUCUAAUUAAUCCUCCUCUUAUAGGUUUUGUGUUCCUUUUUUGAGAUGCACUGUUUCUCUCUUUGUAUCAAGGAAUUAAUAAAUAACUAUUCAAAGUAGAAAGUGACUAAUUAUUUAAAAGCUGUGAUAAAAAUGACAGUAUAAUUUCAUUUUUAUUGCUUUGCAUACAUUUUAUGUGAGGUACCCAU